AAUCUUCACUCCUUCAAUCAAAUCACAAAAAAAAGAGUUUUAUUAAUUAUUAAUUUUGUUAACAAAAUUCCAUUAUCAUCAUUAUUUGUUUAUGAUGGAUAAUGGGAUUCAUAGACAAUCAUCUAUAAGGGACCAUAUAAGGGACAAGUUCAAAAAUUCAAUAUGUUGCUUCACGGGAAAUUAUCAUCCUCAUAAUGUCGACGAUUCAUCGUUUGGUGGCGAAGGAUUUUACAACAAAUUAACAAUACCAAGAACACCAAUUUCGCCGGCUGGCUCUUCAGGUUCGCCAUCCUCAUGGUUCAAGAAAUCGCCAACGACGAGUAAUAAUGGAACCGAAUUUUCGCGUGUUAGGGGGAGAAGCCAAAGGUUACGUGGAAGUCGUAGAGGUCAUAAUCGUCAAUCACAAUCCGCUGAUUUUAGCUAUGAUCCUUCUAGUUAUGCACUUAAUUUCGAAAGUGAAAAUGCCCAAGAUGAUUUUCCAAUUAGAAAUUUUAGCUCUCGUUUGCCUCGGUCCCCACCGCGUUCUUCUUCGAAGGUUAAUUAUUCCGAUGAGCUUCCAAAGGAGAUUGUUGGGUGUAGUUGAUCAAUACCAUAGACAUAGUCAAUCAUUCAGAUUUGGUGCCAAGAAUAUCAAAUGGAGAAAAACCUAUGGUUUGCCUUCUUUUGUACACAAGGUAGUUUGUAUAUGUUUGAUAGGAGGUUUCAAUUCAAUA